AUGGCUUCCACACAAGUUGAAUUCCCUUCCGAGAAUCCUCUCGGUUCUUGCCCAGGCUUUGUAAGCAAGCCUUUAUCAGGAACACCCACAACGAUGGGAGUUAUUAUUCUUCAGGAAUGGUGGGGAGUGAAUGAACAAAUUAAAAACAAGGGAAUUAAAAUUGCCAAUGAUCUCAAUGCAACAACAAUCGUUCCUGAUUUAUAUAGAGGAAAAGUUGCUAUUGAUCGGGAACAAGCUGGUCAUUUGAUGACUGGUUUGAAUUGGUCUGGUGCUAUUCAAGAUAUUUUGGGAUCAGCCAAAUAUUUGAGAAAUGAAAUGGGAUGUAAGAAGGUUGGAGUAGUUGGAUUCUGUAUGGGAGGUGCAUUGACAUUGGCUGCAGCAAGUACACAAGACGGAAGUGAAUCAUCACUCAUCAAUGCUGCAUCUUGUUUUUAUGGAAUUCCCCAAAUGGAUGUUUCGAAAAUUAAAAUUCCAGUGAUUGCUCACUUUGGCGAGUUGGAUGACGCGAUUGGAUUUUCUGACAUUGAGUCAGCCAAGAAAUUGCAAAACAGUUGGACAGAAAAUGGCGUGAAUGGAAAAGUGUAUUUAUACCCAGGGGUUGGUCAUGCUUUCACUAAUGACAAACGUCCAGAAGCUUAUAAUGAGGAGGCUUGUACAUUGGCCUUGCAAAGAACGUGUGACUUUUUUAGACAAUAUUUGCAAUAA